AUGUCUCUCCUCCACAAUGAAGACUUUACCAUUUGGCAAUUGCGCUCCUCUUACCUAUCCACAAUCAAAGAUGGAAUCGGAGACCGUUUGAUCAAUGUGAACAACUCCGUCCUCAACACACCAGGAUUCCGUGCUGCAGGGUGGUCAACCGUUAACACAAAUAACAACUCCUCCAACGCCGCCCAUGUGAAGCGUACCUAUUCCCCACCGAUUCCGACUACAGCCGCAGUCUCCUCAGAAUAUUACCGACUAGCAGUACGCGAUGCGAACGCCGCAAGGAUUGCACGAGAUGAACUACAGGGCCUCGGCCUCGAGGACGGCGAGGACGACGAAGGGGGCAUGGUUACUGGAAAAGGAAAAAUGGAUUCUACUGGACCACGGCUCCAUGGACGUCCUGGAAAGAAAAAGAGUCGACGAGACCAUCACCAACAAAAUCAAAGACAGUUAGACGUGGACGACGAUAGCAGUGAUUUGAGUGAUGAUAGCGAAGAUGACGGAGAGCAAGAGCACAGGUCGGUUGAUCAAAUCGACUUUUCCAAAAAGCCCAUUCGCCGGGACCGAGCCGAUUCAUCGCCAAUUCGUUCAACAGAGCCCCGCGAGCGACCAGAAGUGAUGAUCACUUCGCCCUCUCUACAGAACGUUGCGAGCGAGCAAAGAAGAGGAUCAUUGGGGACCAGUAUGUCGGGCAGAGUCCAGCGGCCACGACGAGACACCACAACCAGCAGUGACCUAUCGACGGAUAACGAAGUUGAGUCCCAAGUGUACUCGACGGGACAGGUGCAAUUUUCUGUCAAUGAUCAAAUCACUGAGCGCUCUCGUCGGCGACGUGAGAGGACUGGCAGUCGAGGAGCAGAUAGCAUAGCCCUCGAAGACUUACAGGAGCAGGAUGAAGACGAAGACUCAGGCGCCGAAUCUGUUAGUUCGGCGCUUUCCUCUGAAUUCGCUGCUACAGCUGGGUCUGGCUCACUGCUUCUGGCUCAGAUGGGCCUUCCGGGCACUUUGGAUGCAUCCUCGCCUAUGGUAUUGAUGCACAAGUUACCGAGUGGAACCGGCCCCCAGCACUCUUCUCCCCGUAAACCAAAGACUGCACCAGCACUGGAGCUACAUGAUCUACCUCCUCCUCGUGCACCUCGUCCUGUCAGCACAAUACAGCCGGUUAGCUUGCUGACUCGACAGCUGAAGUCUCGCAAACGAGCACCAAGCAACCCAGUGGAGAAAUUCAUGGUGCUGUCUGGAACAGGCCUGGGAGAUCCGCUGUACCUGAAGAUCUUCGUUCCCUUUUCGUCAGAUCCAGAGGAUGCAUUGGAUCUAGCGCUUACUCGCGAAUCUAAAAUUGCAGAACAGCCUGCACCAGUCACUGUUGCCGAAACGAUUGGCCUUGCACUUUGGAAAUACUCAGAAGAUGCCCGAGACCCCGGUUUGGAACGCGAGAAGUUGACCGUCAACCGGUGGACACUGCGUAUGGUUGAUGAUGGUGAGGUCGAGUAUGAUUUCCCAGCCCUUGGCAGGACGCUCCCGAUGACCGACUUCACUUCAAACAAUAAUCAGGCAGCGAAGGGACGAGGCCGUUCACGGGGAAAGCCCUACGAUGAAUUUGCACUAGUGGAAGCCUCACAGUCCGAAUUUGAGGACAACGAGAGGCUCUAUCCUCAGUACGGCCAAAGUCAGGGGUCUGAUGAAGGAGAGGCACCGACUAACCUCGCGGUUCCCGGUGCUCCUCAACCAUCACUCCAGGUUAAGACCUCAGCAGGCCGCCAUAACCCGAUUUUGGGACAACCGUUCUCGUCCGCUCUCAAUGACAAUACACUCACCCCAGCCGAUCGACCUGCGGUGCCUAUAUCGCAUGCAACUCCUCGACUUGGUGUCUCUAAGACCUUGAAGAUUCGCUUUCUGAAUCUCGAAGGCUCUGCACAUGUGAUGACACUUAGUACCUCCACUGACAGCUACAUCGCGGAGAUUCUGGACUCCGUAUGCAAGCGUUGGGGACUUGACAAGGGCAACUACUUGCUCAAGGUGAUGGGAUCUAAUACCAUUGCGCCUCUUGAUCGUACAGUGGAGGCACUGGGUAAUAUUACAGAGCUAGACCUCGUGCGUCGGCGUUUCGGAGCAGGGCCACUAUCCCUUAGUGGCUCUCCUGGUAGCAUAUCACCGAAUGCACCUUUGAUGGUAGAUGGCGGCAGCACAGCAGCAGUGGACAAGGGAAAGAAAAGCAAGAAGGCUCAUCAACGCGUUCUGCCUUCAUCGACACAGAAACAAGAUCUCAUUGGGGGUUAUUAUCGCCGCUAUCAUGUCUUCCGCAAACAACCUAUGUCUUUUACAGCCUCGAAUCAUCGCAUCCUCACCUUUGACAAUGACUACAUGCAUAUUGUGCCCGGCGAGACCAAGACGGCCUCUGAUACCAAAUCUCGUUCUAUCAACUUCAACGAUGUGGUGGGAUGCAAGGUCAGUCGACGCCAUCCGAAGAGCUUCCGGGUGGUGGUUUUGCGUGGCAAUGAAGCCAAUGAGCAAAAGCGAUACGACUUUGAAGCGCGGAAUGCAUUAGAGGCAGUUGAGAUUGUUGAUGAGAUCAAGAAGAACAUGGCACAUUAUCGUAUUUGA